CCAGGUCUGUCCCCGUGCCGUUUUCUCCGUGUUUCUGUCGCCGUUUCUUCACUUUUCGUGGUCUGUGUCUGUGUCCGUAGUGUCUCUUUCCUGCCUCCGUUUCCCCAGCCUUGCUCAUUCUCCUAGGCUUUGGUGUCUGAGACCUGAGGGCCUGCCCCCGCGCCCAGCUGUGCCCCGAGAAAGACGGAGGAGCCGGGGUUCUGCGCAGAGGUCAUGGAAGAAGUGACAUCGUGCUCCUUCAACAGCCCUCUGUUCCAGCAGGAAGACAGGAGAGGGGUCACCUACCGGAUCCCAGCCCUGCUCUAUGUGCCCCCCACGCACACGCUCCUGGCCUUUGCAGAGAAGCGCUCCACGAGCAGGGAUGAGGACGCUCUCCACCUGGUGCUGAGGCGAGGCCUGAGGACGGGGCAUGCUGUACAGUGGGAACCCCUGAAGCCACUGAUGGAAGCCAUAUUACCUGGCCAUCGGACCAUGAACCCCUGUCCUGUGUGGGAGCAGUCGAGUGGCCGUGUGUACCUAUUCUUCAUCUGUGUGUGGGGCCAUGUCACCGAGCGUCAGCAGAUUUUGUCAGGCAGGAAUGCUGCCCGCCUGUGCUUCAUCUGUAGUCAGGAUUCUGGCUCUUCAUGGAGCUCUGUGAGGGACGUGACCGAGGAGGUGAUUGGCCCAGAGGUGAAACGCUGGGCCACGUUCGCUGUGGGCCCGGGUCACGGCAUCCAGCUGCAGUCGGGGAGGCUGGUCAUCCCUGCAUAUGUCUACUACAUGCCUUACCGGCUCUUUUGCUUCCGGUUACCAUGUAAAGCCAGGCCUCAUUCCCUGAUGAUCUACAGUGAUGACCUAGGGGCCACGUGGCACCACGGCAGGCUCAUUAAGCCCCUGGUGACAGUGGAAUGCGAAGUGGCAGAGGUGACCGGUAGGGCCGGCCACCCUGUGCUGUAUUGUAGUGCCCGGACACCAAAGAGGAGCCGGGCAGAGGCUCUCAGCACUGACCAUGGUGAAUGCUUUCAGAGGCCGACCCUGAGCCAACAGCUCUGUGAACCCCCGCAUGGCUGUCAAGGCAGUGUGGUGAGUUUCCGGCCCCCGGAGAGCACACGUGGGUGCCAGGACCUUACCAGCAAAGACGAGCCUACCAUUCAGCAGAGCCCUCUGCUGGACAGCUCACAGGGGCUGGAGCGGAAUGCUGGAACAAGGUCAGAGUCGUGGCUCUUGUACUCACACCCAACCAAUAGGAAACGGAGGCUCAACCUAGGCAUCUACCUCAACCGGACCCCCCUGGAGGCUGCCUGCUGGUCCCAGCCCUGGAUCUUGCACUGGGGGCCUUGUGGCUACUCGGAUUUGGCUGCUCUGGAGGACGGCUUGUUUGGGUGUUUGUUUGAGUGCGGGAUCAAGCGGGAGUGUGAGCAGAUUGCGUUCCGCCUGUUUACGGACCGAGAGGUCAUAAGCCACGUGCAAGGGGACUGCCCCAGCCCUGGUAGCAACUCUGAGCCAAUUGAAAACGAACUGGCUUAGGAUCCAACCUUCCACAGAAGGGAAACCAUAGAAAGCAACCACAGCCAGGAUAAUAGAGACUGUAUAGUAACAGAGGUUACUAAAGUCUACAGGGAAUCCCAAGGCUCCCUGCCUUUUUUUGACCUCUCCAAAGAGCAAAAUGAAAAUUUUGCUAAUAGCUACUGCAAUGGAAAUAACACUGACCUGUGUGGCUUGGGAGACCAUGGUGCGAUCCUCAGCCGGCUACUGGCUUGCUUUGGGACCUUGGACAUGUGGCCCGAACUCUGGGCCUCGGGUCUCCAUCUGUAAAGUGAGAGGAUUGGUUCUGUGAUUUCUCUUCUUCCCAUCGCAGGGAAAGGCAGAGUGCCUGCAUGCUCCAUGGUUAGCAAGUCCUGGCUGCAUAUAGGACUCCUCUUUUCAAAUGCCUCACCGCUCAUGCAAGUGUGAGGAUACAAGCAGGUGUCACGGCAUGAAGAAAGAUCCGAUGGUUUGUUCAGUUUUUAGUAACAAACACCCACAUCCUUCUGAUCAUGCUCAGAGCUCUACAGGCUCUCUGUCCUAGAGGAAUUGGGCAAAACACUAGAAUCAUGAGGCCACCUACCUUCUCCAGCUUUGUAGCUCUGCGCAACCUUCCCUUCCUCAGCUAGAAAGCGUUAUUUCCUAGGGAGACAAUGAGAAGCUCAGUGCUAGUGGUCAUUGUUUCUGAUGGCAUUACUCGUAGGAAAGAUGAACCUGAAGUUCAUUUAUUAGGAUGCUCCCUGAUAGGAAAAGGACAUGGGUUAGGACUUUAAAGUGUUGGGCAAAACCUCCCGCAGCCUCUGCCCUCAAGGAGCUCACAGUAUGAGGCUAGAAGAGAGAGAAAAUUCAAGGAAAUAAGUGCAGCUGGUGGGACAAUCUGUAGACAUUGGCUCUAAGCUUGUGUGACAGUCGCUUCUGGCAUCACUGUCGUCUUGCAUCUUCAUUGUGCCUGGAGUCAUGUGACCCAGGACUUGGCCAGGCUGCUGGGUUUCCCCCAGAUUUGUUGUUCUGGCCCAGCCACUCCCUUUACUGGAGGAGGAGGCCUCUGGACCCGACCUCUGACGUGGGCCUGUUGGUUUGGACCUACUGAAAUAGCCAUUUGUGAAGUGGGGGUGCUCAAACAGAUCUGGGGCAGAGCGUUGCCAGUGCUGGGUGAUAAGCAGAUGACACCAGAUUGGAUGUUCUGAUUGUACUGUUCCCCCCAAAGCCUGUGAUUGUGAGAGAAAUUCUACCAUGAAGGAUUUCUUAUUCCUAUUGUAGGAGGAUAAUGCCAUAAACUGGUAUGAGUGAAAUAUAUGUGGUACUAGGUAAUGCCCCAGAGAGCAAGUCCUACUGGUGGGACAUAGGCUAGGAGGCUAGGGGUUGCAUGUGUACCAGUCAGAUGACAGAAGAGUCCUGUAGGAGGAGAGCAGAGGUUAACUUCACCUGCUUCAGCGUAUGGCUUACACCCAUGUCUUAGGGUAGCUUUUAAAAAUUCCCUUAGCGGCUCAUACAUUGGCCAGUUAUGUUCCCAGUGCUCAGAUGUGAUCAUUCAUUCACUCAUUCCUGCAUUUAUCUAAGUAUUCUUGAGUGUCUGUGCAUCAUGUAAGGUGCUUUCUGUGGCCAUCCCUCGUUGAAAAUCAUGUGUGGCUCUUCAUUGCCUACUAAAGGGUGUUUGCAGUUAGCCUGGCAUGUAGGACCUUCAGUUGUUGGGUGAAAUGAUAAUUACUUAUCUGUACUUCUUUAUAUGGAGCCCACUGUCAAAGAAGACCUCUGUCAAGUUGGAAAAUGGAGGGAGUGGGGGUUUCGGGGUGGGCAGACUUGGUGGCGAGGGAGCAACUGGGACAGGGAGAGGAUUAAAAAGGCAGCCCCCGCCUGAGUCGUAGAAACUUCUUGUUCAGGAAAGCUUUCCUGAGCAUUAGACUCCAAAUAGACUGAGGAGGAGGGCUACGUCCUAUAAUCGGGGCUCAGGGGUGGAGAGAAUGAGAACGUGGGCUUCUUUGGGGCCACCCAAGAAGGGAGUCAGGUAAGGGACCUCAGUCCCAUGCUAGCGUGGACCCCAGAUGUCGGGUACGAGUACUCUUAAGAUGUCUCACCUAUCUCUAAAUUGCUCUCCCCUUUCUUCCUUUUCGCCUCAUGUUGGCUUCUGCUUAGUGACUAGCACUGAAACUUCAUAGGCAAAGGGCCUGUGUGCACAUUAAAGGGAUAGCAAGAAAAGAGGUUUGGGGACAGACGUAAUCCAGAGUGAGAGUUAGAGAGAGGCACAGAGUGGGUGAUGGCAACUCUGAAGAAAAAGAACAGCAUAUAGGAGUCCUGGCACCUUUAGGAAGAGAAAGGAGCGUGAAUAGGAGACUUAGGCUGGAAAGAUGGCGUAGGUGGUGGUUGCUGUGAAGAAAUAACCACAGGCUGGGGCUGCUCCCUGCAAUGUGUGGGACCAGACGGGGCUGCACAGGGCAGCAGGGUAGGCUGCAGAUAAAUUCUUACCCAACCCCGUGACUUGAAGCUGGCUCAGCUUGUCCGUGUUCCAGGUGACCAACCAAAACAGCUGUAGGCACUCCCGCUGUGUGCCCCCCUGCUGGGCCCUGUGCCGGUAUCCUGGCAGCCCAUGUCAGCCCCUCGCAGGUGGUAGGAUGGAAAAGAUGGGGCAGGUGAUAGCAGCUGUGAGGAAAAGAGGAAAGCAGACUGAAGGCCUGUAAACCAGAGGCAUGAAGAGCAGACCACAGGGCUGUGGUCCGUUGCUCCCAGGUGCCCGUCCCCUUUCCUUGGACCCUUAGGAUGGAUCCGUGCAGCACACAUGGUCCAGUGCUGGAAGCGCAGGGUCCUCCCACUAGCCUUCCCCUCCACCUGCUGGUCCUGCCCAUGCCCCCUAACUCCUGCUUCCUGGAAGCUCCUGAGUUUCUGAUAUUUACCCCAGGCCUUUGUCAUGUGGCCCUUGUUAUUUGGAUCUUUUUCCUGGUCUCCAGUCGUCAGAUAUCCACAGGAUAUCAUGCAGCUGGAGCCACUGGUAACAGACAUUGCGCCCUGCCUGUUGGGCAGCCCAAGGGACCCACAGAGGCCCGCUGAAGCUGCACAGCCUCCUCCCUGGGACACUGGGAUUCAGUCCUCCCACUUGGGCCAGUUAAGGCUGCUCUGUCUUCUCCAGGAGGCCAUGAGUUUUCCCUACUGCAGUGUGCGCUGGACGUCACGCCAUCCUUCCCGUCUGCCUGCCGGAGUGCAGUCUGAGCCUCCCUGUGGUCCUUACCUCGCCCCGCUGUGUUGUUGUCACCUGUGUUGUGCCCUCCAGGCCUCUGCUUGGCUGUGAACUCCUUGAGGGCCACGUCUGUCUGACUCUUCUCUGUCCUUUUCCUUGAGUCACACUGACUUACUAUACAUAUAUGCGUUUUCUGUCAUACUCUGAAUUCCCUAAACAUAAGGACUGUGAGUCCUCUGCCCUCUGCACCCAGCACAGGGCCUGGCAAAGGUGUUAAAGCCCCUUGGCCUUCUGGAGCUGCUUGGCAAGGCUAGAGGGAGUUCUCCUGCAGGGAGGAGGUGUUGUAUCCCUCUGGGGGUUCAUAGCUCGAAACCUGUUGGACGUGCACCCUAAUGAGGCUUCUCCGUGCUGGCCGGCUUCCAGGUCAGUCAGCAUUUCCUGGCAAUGAGCUUUUCUCCAGCUGGAGUUUGGUCCUGCCUGGAUGUCCCAAGGAUCACAGCCCAAGCCUAAAGCCAAGCCUUGAUUUGGGGUUCUCAUUUCACUGGUAUUCCCCCUUGUGUCUCUGGUUGGAUUUUCUGGAGGAAUUUAACUGCCACUCCUCUGGGACUCAGAGGGAGAUGCUGGGCUCAGCGUGUUCCAUGUGUGUCUUGGCUCCGUGAUACCAGGUGCCAGAAAUGCUCUCUGUACGAUAAAAACCACCAUGACUCUGAAACAAGAAAGGUGAAUAAACAGCAUAAUUCUGGUGACCGUUGGUUUUUCUUGUUGUUAAGGAAACAGAUCGUUAUCAUCCUAAUACUUAUAUCUAGUUUGUACUCAACUUCUUUCAAAGAAUGGAUUUGAGGCACUUUCUUGCUUUUCAUAAGAACUUUUACUUUCAGAAAACUUUAUUAAUAAUAAUCCUUUGCACUUUUACACAUUGUUCCUAGAACAUAGUUCCCAGUUGAGGGAAGCAGGACUGACAUGGCCGUGACUGUUUUGAUUGCAUAUUACCUUAGUUAUUGGAGGUGCCAGGAUGCACAGAAUCUCACCCCACCCCCACCCCUGCCACCAUUUGACACCAGCCCCAGUGCUUGUCACUGCAUGUCUUAUUUCCUUUUUCAAAACACCUUGAGAUUACUCUCAAAUUGUAACAGGGGAGGCCAUAGAUAUUUGCCUCAGUGAAACAAGGUGAUAGCUUUAACGUAAGAUUUUUGCUUGCCUUUCUGUUUGUUCCAUUGGGAUGUUUAUUCCUGAUUCCACCAAUUGUUUCAGCAGUUCCAUCAGUAGGUCCGUCUGCUUUGUAAAACAGAUUGACUAUUGCGAAAGUUUCGAAUGGGCAUAUCUUACAUCAUAACACUGAGUCACGUGAUGAAAGAAUAAAUGCAGUUCAGGGAACUGUUCACUUCUGAAAAUCGUUUUACCAUUAUAUAAUCAGUUUUAAAAAUGCAGUGAUCUGUUCUGUGUGUUUUGUUAGAUUGCUUACUGUCUGAGGGACCCUCAGGGGUUGAGAGGAAUAUGCACUACUACAUAAACUUAGGAGCACAAUUUAUGAACCUCAUGUUCAGUAAGACAUUGAAAACCUCUGGACUGUUUAAGUAAUUACAUUUGAUUAAUUCAACUGCCUUAAACAUAAAUAACAUUUACAAGUUUAGUAUAGCUGAUUCUUUUCAACAUUUCAAACCAUAAGUAGUAGAUAAAAUAAAUAAAUCCAAUGAUCAUAAAAUAUAUCCCCCUACCAAAACGGAGUACAAAAGAGUUGAUGCCUUGGAUUUAACUUUGUUCCUUAUUAUACCUUUUGGGACUUACAGCUUUUAAACUUCCUUAGAGUUUCGGUAACUUGACCAGACUCGCCUCCCACCACCACCUUCCUAGGGAUCUAGUGAUAGCAGAUCCAAAGGGAAAAGAGUACCAUUUCAGACAAACUCUCUUUCCACUGGGAGCAUGAAACCGGGAGAUUGGCGGCCUGGAACCACAGAAGGCCCUUUUAUCCUCCUCGGCAGGUGGAGAUCGCCUGUGCAGGAAGCCUGAGAGAAUGGAGCCAGGCGAAAACAGUCCUCAUGACGUCCACUGGAGUCCUCCCUGUUAUGGGAAAUACACUCCCCAACUUUUAUUUAAUUUUUGUUUCUUAAGCAUAUGUGAGUUGGAUGUAUAUAUAGCUUGCAACCAAACGAGUAGAAAUGCAGAUUUUCACAGAUGAUUUGAUUAAUUGGUACCACAAGCUAUUACUAUCUGGAGCAGCGCUACAGUCAUGAGAAAUUAACUUUUAACACUACAAGUCUACUAAAGUCUGACCGACAGUAUUAUCUAAGGGGUCCAUUGCCAGGAGAGACAUUGGGAUAGAAUGGAGAAAGGACUGGCCCGGGAGGGGUUGGGAGUCGGGUCCUUGUCUUAGAACUUGCCAGGGAUGCGAUGGGCCCCUUUGUGCCAGUCACUGGCCCUCUCUGGGAACCCGUUUCUUCAGCUAUAGCAGGAGCACAAUGCUUGCUGUGCCACUCACCAGGGAGUGCUUGGGUCUGAUGAGCUAGUGAAUCCUCAAAAGUGUGUAGGAAGCAGUGCAGGGUCAUGUAAAGAGCAGAUAAAUUCCCUGUCACUCAUUGAUCUCCAUUAUCCAUCAGCAUUGGCAUCAUUUAACAGCUGACUGCUGCAAAGGAGGGUGAUGGAUAGAGAGGAGGGGAGCAAGGCAGGGCCCCCUGAGGAGGCGCUCCGAGGCUGGACAGACGUCUUGCCUCACCUCCACCCCCGUGUCCUCAGAAAACUCCCAACCUUCUGACUUUGGCCCAGAACUUCAGCCCCCUUACUAUCAGCUUGGGUAGAGAAGAGGGAAAUCUCAGCUCCAAGUAAGAAGGGAGUUUGUCUGAGUCAUCUCUGUUCUCUGUGGCCACCAGAGACCCAGGCCGAGCACAAUGUAGGAAAGAAGGAUGCCAGGGGAAUAACAUUGGUAAAGUACCUACUUUGCGUUUGAAGUUACACAUACAUUCAUUUCAUUCAACAACCCAUUUUAGAGAUAAUAAAGUUGAAACUCAACAAGGUUGCAUGAUAUGUUCCCAGUGUCACACAUCUGUAAGUGAUGAAGUCGGAUCUGAUUCCAAACCCAUAUUUUUGUCACAUGGCAACGAAGAGGCAGAGCUGGGGAUACGUUGCACAUUGAUGUGAGGCAGAGUUAGUGCCUCUGACGUCCUUGGAACAUGGUGGGCAUUCAGCAUAGCUAUGUCGUAAUAACAGGUGCACUGGGGUGGCCUCAAACCAACGCUCCCCCCCUUCUAUUUCAUCCAAGACAAAUGUGGUCGUUUCUUUCCCUUGGAUGGAAACCCAGAUCUAGCUGGAGAAUACUCUCCAGCACCGCCAACCUUCAAAGCAUCUUACUUCCGAGACCCAGAGUCAUCCUAAACAUAGAUUUUGUUGUCAUCAACUAGGAAUAGAAUCAGAAGUAAGAGCACGGAUUCCCUUGAGGGGUAAGCAGAGACCUUGGCAGCAGGUGAAGCUGACUUCGUGCUGAGUGCGAAGGUCAGGGGCUUGCAGGCGCUGGGCAGGUGUCUGAGCCACACGCUGGAGACAGCAGCCCGGCCUCUGCCGACCCCGUGGGCCAGUCCCUGGAGCUGUCCCCAGGGGCCAGGUCUGAGCGCAUCACAGUGUGGAAGGGCCUCCACACCUUGUCGCUAAUCUUUACAACAACCAGGCGAGCAAGGCCUGAUUGUCCCCAACCUACAGACAAGGAAGCUGAGCCUUGGGAAGGUCACGUAACAUGGGCAAGUGGCUCAGCUAUUGGACUGGUGCAAAAGUCACCGCAGGUUUUGCCAUUGUUUUUAACCUGUUAAACCGCAAUUACUUUCGCAUCAACCUGCUAUUCUUUAUCUGUAAAAACUAGGAUAAAGGUAUCUCAUAGGGUUGUUGUGAAGGUUAUGUGAGAUAAUGUAUUUAAACUUAAAUAGAAGUUUCAAAGUAUCUGGCACAUGGUAGAUAUUCAAAAACUGGGAGCUGCCGUAAUGGUUACAUUUCCCUGUGGGAAUGCUCGUCGCCGAUCACGUGUAUGCAGUGUGUUAGCAGUACUUUUCAAGCUUAUGUGUGCAUAGGAAGCACCUGGAGAGAUUUAAAAACUAGGCUCCUGCCUCCCUCCACAAAAAUCGAAUUCAGUAGGUCUGGGGUGGGGCCUGAGAAUUUGCAUUUCUAACACGCUGGCAAGUAGAUGCUACAGGUGCGGGAGUGGCAUUGUGUUACGAUACUCACCUCUCCAUCUGGUACCUCACCUACCUCCUCACUCUCUUGCCAGUGGUGGGGGCAGAUGGAACAGACGGCUACUAGUAAGGUACCCGUGCAACCAAGUUUUGGUUCCCAAAUCAGUGUCUAACUUGGCUCUCUAGCCUGCCAGUCGGCUGGAUCUUUCCUAGGUCAGAAACUCAGCUUUCCCAUAGCACUGUAAUUGCCCGGGAUUCUUACUCAUAGUCUUGCCAAAUCUCAUGGAGAUGAAAGGUGACAGCACCGCUUGGACACAGACCCCGGCCUGUGGGCACAGGGUGCUUUUCCAUCUGCAUAGCAGGUUUGCAAGACUCCUGGGUGCAACCAGGUCUGGUAGGCAGUGCACAGAGAGGCCUUGGGACUUGGCUCUGUGACAAGGGGUUUUUUAUACCUGCAAAGGGGACAGUGAGGAUCUGCCUAGGCCGUGAGCUAAUCCUGGGCAGUUGCCAGGGUCUGACAGUGAAAUGUGAGAUUCGGGGUCAAGGGGGGGAGGCUACAUGCAGCCAUCCGUCAGUAAUCUGACCCCAUGUUGGUCCACACUGUCAGGUCCUGCCCUUGGCGGCCACACUGUGUGUGACUAAGUCCAUGAGGCAAAAGUCCUCAUUACUUUCUCCUGAUGCCCCUCUUAGCUCCCUGCCCUCAGAGUCCCCAGACUCAGAUUUCUUUGGGGUCAAGACAUUGGAAAAUGGUCAGGAA